CUUUGGCAGGCUUGCAUCACUUUUUUUUUUUCUUUCCUGUUUUGUGUGUCCUCAGCCAAGCUUUCGGAGGGUUUCCAAGACAGAGGUCGUUGUUUCCACAGCCUUAAGACGUGCAGCCCAGGCUGCAGUGACCACUGCUUUCCGACCCAGGCAUUGCAGCCAGAAGCAGCAGUAUGGGAUUUUGGAGCACCUACCUGCUUUUCUGCCUCUUCUCCAUCUUGUCCCAGGUCACUGCAGAGUCACCUACCCCCAAGACCAAGAAAGCCACAAAUGUCAAGAAAGAUGUGGUGAGCCCAAAGAUGUUUGAGGAGCUCAAGAACAGGCUGGACAGCCUGGCCCAGGAGGUGGCCCUGUUGAAGGAGCAGCAGGCCUUACAGACCGUAUGCCUAAAGGGCACCAAAGUAAACCUGAAGUGCUUCCUGGCCUUCCCCCAGCCAAAGACCUUCCAUGAGGCGAGCGAGGACUGCAUCUCCCGUGGGGGCACGCUGGGCACGCCGCAGUCGGGGCUGGAGAACGAGGCUCUGUUCGAGUACGCGCGCCAGAGCGUAGGCAGCGAGGUGGAGAUCUGGAUGGGCCUCAACGACAUGGCCGCGGAAGGCGCCUGGGUGGACAUGACCGGCGGCCGCCUGGCCUUCAAGAACUGGGAGACGGAGAUCACGGCGCAGCCCGACGGCGGCAAAGCCGAGAACUGCGCCGCCCUGGCCGUAGCGGCCAACGGCAAGUGGUUCGACAAGCGGUGCCGCGACCAAUUGCCUUACGUCUGCCAGUUCGCCAUCGUGUAGCCUGACCCCUGGGCCAGGGGCUAAGGGGCGCGGCCUGGGCCAGGGAGGGGUGAGGACCACAAAGAGGCGGGCCCACUGGUGGGUGGGGCUUGUGGGUUGCUAAGGGGCGGGGCGUCGGUGGGCGGAGUCGAGCUCCAGAGAAUGGGGCGUGCGAAGUGGUUCCUGGUGAGAGAAAAGCAGAUGCAGGGUCCUCAGAGGGGCGGGAGAGACCUUUCUGUCUCGAGUUCCUCCUUGUCUGUUUUUUUAAUUUUUUGCAAAUAAAGCUGGUUCAGAAUCCCUGAAGUUGGCUGGUCGCCAUGUCAGGGUGGGGCGAAGAUUCCCGGAGCCUGGCACCAAACCCAAGAGAGCCUAA